AAAGUAUUUCCAGUCUCCUCACAUGUCCACUGAAAGUGCUCCCUUUGGUUAUUUUUAGGAAGUGCUCCUCCCUCGUAGCCCUCCUCUGGUGCUCGUUUUGGUUCAGACCCGGGCCAGAGGAAGGGGAGUGGUGGCGAAAAGGGGAAAAUCUUCAACAAUGAUUUCAUUAUCACGAUGCCCAACGCGAGCGGCACAACUGGAAUUUACCACUCCGCCUCUUGACAUCUCUGGAUUUAUGACUUUCCCUCUUUGGAUUCCGCUUCUUGUAAACCUCAACUUUUACUCGUAUCGGACAUGGAAACCUGUUGAAGUUCUUUCAGAACGCCAUGCUGAUCAAAAAGAUUGAAGCCAAGGAGGCCUGUAAUUGGCUGCGAGCUGCUGGCUUCCCUCAAUAUGUGCAGUUAUUUAAAGACUGCAGGUUCCCCAUCGACACCGAUGUGGCGAAAGAUGAUCACAGCUUCCUGGAUAAAGAUUCCCUCGAUUCACUGUGCAGGCGGUUGAUGACCUUAAAUAAGUGCAUGGAGAUGAGGCUGGAGCUUUGGAGAUCCAAACGCAAGGGAGACGACUGGGAAGAGGAAGACUAUUGCGCCAUCAGCCCAAACUGGACCUAUGACAAGCAGACCCAACAGUGGCGGCGCAUCAACUCCUCUGAGGAGACACCGGGGCCCCGGGACCCGUCGGCGUGCGACGACCACCAGGACGUCUGCUCCGUCCACAGCUCCAGCAGCACGGACAGCGAACGUCACGAUGGUCACCGAGAACUGGUCCCCACCUCAGCGGCCGUCCCCACGGAUGAACCGGAGACCAGCCGCAGCUCCUCCCGCUGCUCCUCCACAAACAGGACCCCGUCCCUGGACACCUCUUUCAGCGGACCCCCGUCCCCCUCCGGGGGGUCGUCCACUGUAAGUCUGGAUGCGGAGGUUUGUUUCCCGGACAAACCACCGAGGAAGAAGUGCACCACCCUGCUGAGGAAGAUGGAGAAGCUGAGGCUGAGGCGGGCGGGCGGCGGCCGCAGCGGGACCCGCCGGGACAUCAGCGGCCCGGUUCUGGUCCGACACAGAGAGAGGAUGUACAGGCAGCUUCACCCGUCAAGUCUGCAGGUUCAGCCCAACAGCCACUCGUCUUCGUCGCCCUCAUCUUCGCACACCAUGAGCAGCGGCAGCAGUAGCACCAGCCAAUCGGAGAACAGCAGCACCGUCAGCACGCCGAGCCCCGUCACCCGGGUCCGGAGUAACUGCAAACGCUCCAACAGCGGGGUCGGGAUGCAAGGCGGGAACCAGACAGAUGCCGAGGUGUUUAGGAACCAGGUCAACAACAACAACAGCACCAGCCAGGAGAGCGUGAUCUUCCAGGUGCCCCACGGACACAAACCGGGGACCUUCCCCACCUCCCUCGCCCACAAACACAUCCUGUCCCCGAUUAUCGACAGCACCUCCGUCAACUGGAGGACCGGCAGCUUCCACGGGUGCAGAGGGCGGCCCGGGAGCAGACGGGGGGGCGCGCCUCCUCUGGAGGGCGGAGACAAAAACCCGGGGCGGAUAAACGCGCUGGAUCAGCGGCUGAGCGUCUACGACAACGUGCCCGACGACGCGCCGCUGUCUGAGGGCGACGGCGGAAGCGGAAGUGAUGUGGAGCGGAUCAGUGAGGAAUCAGAGGUGAGUCCACUGAUGGCAGGUGAAGACGUCUUCUCCGCCCUCGACGGCGUUCUGGAGCGAAUCAGUGACCUCCAGCAGCUCGUUGUCUCCUGGUCUGAAAACAUGUCGGAGGACGAUUGUCAGAGAGGUUCCUCCUCUUCCUCGCACAACUCCCCAGCCCAUGGAUCCUCUGCUCCUUCUCCCUGCCCUUCCUCGCCCAGCCACAUCCACCUGGAGGUGCAGCAUCCAGAGGAGGAGGACAGCUCCGAGAAAGUAACCGAGGAGUCCAAGGUCAGCGGAUCAUCGCAACCCAGGAGGAGGGUGAGCCGACAGCUCUGCUGGUACAGCAAGCAGAACCGGGCCCCUUUGACCUCCAGUCCGGGUCUGGAGAGCCAGUUGGCCUCGCAGAUCCUCCGGCUGCAGAAACUGUCUCUGCUCAAACUCACCGCACUGAUGGACAAACACUCCCCGUCCAGCAAGCAGGGAUGGAGCUGGACUGUUCCUAAAACUCUGACCAAGACCCAGAUGACAACAGAGGGGAAAGAACAGCAGGUGUUCGGGGUUCCUCUGCUUGCCAGUGUCCAGCAGACGGGAGAACCGCUUCCUCCCUGCAUCCUCAGAGCGCUGGUUUACCUGAGAAACGAGUGUUUGGACCAGUUGGGUCUUUUCCGGAAGCCCGGGGUGAAGUCUCGGAUCCAGUACCUCCGAGAGAUGGUGGAGUCGGACCCCGACGGAUUUUCGUACGAGGGUCAGUCGGCUUUCGACGUGGCCGACAUGGUGAAGCAGUACUUCAGAGACCUGCCCGAACCCAUCUUCACCAGCAAGCUCUGCGGGACAUUCCUCCACAUUUACCAAUACUUUCCCAAGGAUCAGCAGCUGGUCGCAGCUCAGGCGGCCAUAUUGCUCCUUCCUGACGAGAACAGGGAGGCUCUGCGGACGCUGCUGUUUUUCCUGCGAGACGUGGUGGCCUGCGUGGACGAGAACCAGAUGACCCCCACCAACGUCGCCGUCUGCCUGGCCCCGUCUCUGUUCCACCUCAACACCAUAAAGAGGGAGUCCAACGCAGCCAGAUCCGGUCACAGGAAGCACAGUCUGGGCCGCCCGGACCAGCGGGACCUCAGUGAGAACCUCGCUGCCACUCAGGGCCUGGCCACUAUGAUCACUGAAGCCCAGAGACUCUUCCAGCUCCCGGAGUUCUGGCCCGGGCAGAGUGUGACAGAAGGUUCCUUUGAAGGAGGCGAUGAGGAGCUGGAGGAGAGGAGGAACGGGCUGCUGCAGAGGACCCAGCAGCUCCUGAGCGACGCCCGAGAGAAGAGUGGAGGCUGGGAGAACCAGCCGGCUCCGGAGAACGUAGAGCUGGCCUUCAAGAAGAUGACCGACGGCUGCCCGCUGUGGAUGUGGCGAGGCGCUGUGGAAGUGGACGCGCCGCAGCAGGACCUGCUCCACCGGCUGCUGAGGGAGCAGCAGCUCUGGGAGGGAAAUCUGCACCGGGCUGCCGUCAUUCGGACUCUUUCCAAGGACACGGAGGUGUACCGCUACACCCUCCAGGGCCGGGGCCACGAUCUGGGCUCGCAGCCCCCGCAGGAGCACCUGCUGCUCAGAACCUGGCAGGCCGAUCCGUCCCGCGGGCCUCUGUACCUGUCCUCCACGUCCACUGAGUGCCCUGAGGUCCAGGCGGAGGGGGUCAGGGCCCACGUCCACAGCUGCCUCUACCUGCUGGAGCCCACAGGGGCCAUCAAGACCCGCCUGACGCACCUCUGCCGGACAGACCCCAGGGGACGGUCUCAGGACUGGCACAGAAAGGUGAGCGGACGCCUCCUGGCCUCUGGUCUGUUGGCCAUCAGAGACUCCUUCAGAGCGGACUAUAAGGAAACUAAAAUAUGAGUCUUCCUCCACCGUACCUGCCUCCGUGUCCCGAACAUCAAGCGAUGAAGUUCCUCUGAAAAUGUUUUUGGCCGCUUAUGAAACGCCACUUCCUGCAGGCAGAGGAAGAAGCAGGGGAAAUAACCCGGCUGCCCUGGACAAAGACAGGAAAUGAGGACAAAUAACUGCAGGAAACAGACAUUUAACCCCUCCCCUCCCUCCCAGAUGCUUUGCUUCAGGGGAUUUGAACCAACAGCCGCCACAAACAACAGAGCUAAGACAUUAGCUGAAACACUAGCAGACCAGACUGAAGAAUCUGUUCGGUGGUUUCCAGCACAAAGUCCGACUAAUCGUGGAGGACGAAGGACAAGAGUCGGGUCCUCCACCUCCAACGUCAACGUGUCUGUCCCCGUCCCAGACUCCACGAUGCGCAGACUGGGACCUGAUUUUUAUGUACAGGCGCAGCUGAAUAUUUCCAAACGUGUUGUGAAGACGGGCGACUUCUAGAACGAGGCGGAUCUGCAACGACAAAAACAAUCUAAAAGCCAUGCUGUGGUUAUUCUAACUCCUUAUCUCUGAUUAUUUAACUUAAUGUUAAAUCCAGAUGUUUUUAUUUAACUGUCAGCUUUCAGAAAAAAAAAAAAUGCGAGGCCUAAAUUAAUCAGUGCCAAACAGCUAAUUAAAACGUUUAUUUCUCUCUGAA